AUGGCCCGGUCACUGCAGCGAGAGUUCGUCGACUCGUCCGUUGAGCGAUCCCUGAACGAUUUACUUGCCCAGCUCCCUAGCAAUCGCCACCCUCGACCCAUAAGUAUACUCGAAAUCAAGGUCCCUGAUACUGCAUGGGCUGAAUCCGUCGCUCGUUGGACAAAGGAUAUCUUGACCCCCGGGCUCUAUGGGCACUCGAGGAGGAGCUUUUUUUAUGCCUCGGCUCUGCUUGAUCCCGAGCUAGGUAAAUUGCAUGAAACAGACUCCGUGUGGAGUCGAGUUUACUUAUAUGAGGUCUUUGAUACUGCAGGAAUGUUUUCUCCGGAAGUAGUAACUAACGCAAAGCGACUCGGGUUAGAAGAGAACAUGUGGCUCGCCGCAAUGCUUCACGAUGUAACACUCGUUCCGGAAGUUCAGGAUGACCUAGCAAAUCAGCUGAGUUUUCAGAUUCAGGGAGGAAUACUUGCCCAUGAAUACCUCUCUUGUCCCCAACCUCAGCUCACUUUAAACACCUUACAUUGGGGAACUAAUUCAAAAAAUCGUUCCACUCCGGCCACACCCUUAUCCAAAUACCAAAUCGGAGAGGUUGUAGAAUCAAUUGUUCUUCAUACGGAUACCAUGCAACCAGGAAGGCUGAACCUAUGUGCUCAAGCAACACAUUUGGGAAUAAUGCUCGACGCACUUGGGGGUGGUCCGCCUGCCGAUAUUCUACGUUUAUGGCACCCGGAUACCAUUUUAAAUGGAGCAAAGGAAUGGCCAAGGGCCAAAGAGAACGAAUCUUUAGUUGAGCCAUUGGUGCGGGAGCUGGAAAUGAAACCAGGUUGCCAGACUACUACAGGCGCACGGGCGUUCCCCUUGCUGGAGCUAAUGCGAAGUAAUCCAUACUUCGAGAUGAAAUGA